AUGGAGAUCGGGAAGCAGUUGGAUCAUUUGGUCAAAUCCGGGCAAGGAAUCUACAUUGAGAUGCGAUCGACCCAGAUAUUGAGAGCGGCAAAGUCCGCAAAUACCAUCCCCGUUAAUCAGAAAUACACCCUUCAAUCUACCGGUAUUUGGGAGCGCAUCCGCCGGAUAUUCGCCGUCGACCCAAGCCGAUCAAAUGGUGUCCCAUUAAACCCGCAAUUCCGAAAUCCCACACCAGGGGCUCUCGCACCACAAUCCUACGAUGACCCUGUCACGAUGCCUGCUGGCGAUAUUGCCGACAACCCUUACUGGAAACGGGAUGUGCGACGAAAUUACGCUCGCCCAAGCGUAAUGAAACAGGCAGAUAUCGUGGGACUUCUUACGGUUGGAAGCGAGGCGGCUCCUAAAGCAGACGUGCUUAAGGUUGGAGACGCGGGCACCCAGCAACUCGUGGAAGUGAAGCAAAGGGGAGAGGAACAUGGGUUGGCUGCGUUCUUCGAGAAGGAAAAGAAAGUGGACGAUGUGCUUGACUCACAGGGACUCCCGCCUAUGGCCCCGAACUUAAACCCGAAAUCGAGGUAUGAGCUCGGUUCUGAACAUGGUUAUCCGUCGAGCUACCCAUGCCGUACUUUCGUGUAAUUUUCCAUGUCAGAGUCAAUUUGCUUUCCAUCUUUUAGAGGCAAAAGUACAUAAUUAUUUUAUUUUAUUUUAUAUUUUUUCAUCGUUUAUAUUCCUGGCGUUUGGCCCAUUCGCAUCAGUUACAGGAUACAUCUAUCUCCCUAGAGAGACCUGCUAGCAUUGAUGCCCACAGUAUUCAUCGAGCAUCUGGGUAUACCCGUUGAACAAAACCUUGAGGUUUCAAGGUUCCUCUUCCUUUUCCAAUGGUGUGGGACCUACUUGUCCAACUCCACAAAACAAGUAGGUUAAAGAAUAUCGAUAUGAUUUCAUAUGUAUUUCAUUUCUGAGGUCCUGGACUUGGUUCAUAUAUUCCACCGCCUACAGGGUUAGACUACAUUCCAAGGAAGAAGGGAACCGGAACCCAAGCUUUACAGAAUAUUAUCAAUCGAGAAGCACACUUGCUUCUGAGUUUAGCAUAAUAGGGUUGAGAUUUCGUGCGCCCCUGCCCAAGGUAUGAACUUCUGGGCUAUGUAAAACCCCCAGGUUGUCGUAUUACCAUGCACAACGUAUGGACUAAUGACCACCACAACCUCCAGUUGCAUUUGUGUUUGUUUCUUUAUUACAUUUCUGCGGGAGUAUCUUUAGGUUAGACACAGCUUCCAUGCCCUAUACGAUUGUGGAAAUGCGGGGUAAUAUUAUUCCCACUUGAAAAGUCUUUAGCCAGCGACACGCAGAUUCAUUCUCAUUCUCCACAAAGACCCUUAAUCCUUCUACCAAUAGCAGCAACAAAAGUUAGC